GCCCAUGUAUCAUUCUACAAAGCCCAUGUAUCAUUCUACAAAGCCCAAAGUCAUAGAAGUCUCAUGAAAAUUCCAGAUUCCAGAGAAAGAAAUUCGCAAACCAAGAUAAACACCAGAUUAAUUUCAUUUCAUUAUUACAUAACAGAAAAAAGCAACGACGUUAGCGAGUGUGAAAGAAAAACGCGAAGAUUAACUUGAAGUCGUUACGCGUUAACGAUGUUCUUCUUCUUUGCAGGAGGGUUAGAACAACAAGUUCGACAGGUGGUGAAAUCAGGUGUGGGAAGGUGCAUCAACUGCGGCUCACGCGCCGAUUUAGUCGAGUACGAUAAAGUUCUGAAGCUCUUUUUCGUUCCCGUUUGGCGGUGGCAAGGGAAGGAUACUCUUUUGUAUUGUCAAAACUGCAAGUUUUUGUUUCCUCAAUCGCAUUCACUUCCUCCUCCGCCGCCGACGUCUAGCGGUGGUUCAACGUUGCCGGAUUGUUUGAGAUGUCGGUUUUGUGAUCGGGAAGUGGAGGCUGAUUUCGCGUUCUGUCCUUACUGCGGCUCUCAAAUGUAAACAAACAAAUACGAUUUACUUUUGCUUGUUUGGUGUUUGUUGAAUGGAUUUAGAAAAUUUUAAAUAAAUUAACUGCUAAAUUAAAUAUAUGAAUUUCUAAGUGGAGAAGCUUAUAUGUGAUUUAAGGAACUAUCAUUUGUAGUUCUUGAAAGUUAGGUUUAAGUCACUUAGAUCACAAUAAAACACAUUAGUUAUCCAAUAAGCCUUAGUUGAGUUAUGAAGAAAAAAUGAAGUAGUACGUAGGUAUGUUAUACAUGCAUUAAUGUAAUUCACCAUUAACAUUAUGCAUUUACAUUUUGAAUAUAUAUUUGUAAAAUUGAAUUAAA